AUGGUAGAACUACUGAAGCCCAUUAUUUCUCCCAAGACUCUUCACAAAAACUUCAUUAAGUCUUUUAGGCCACUGAGAACAGAAGUCUCAGACAAGAAUACCUAUCUGCACAAGAACAAAUACCUGGAAGUUAUCAAUGACGAUGCAUUUCUGGGAGUGCACAGUGGACCAACUCUACUGGAUGUCUCCAGAACAGCCGUUGCUUAUCUUCCAGCCAAAGGACUGGAAAGUCUGAAAGAACUAAUGGCUAAAAAUACAUGGACCUUGAAGAAAUUGCCAGCUGUAAAGGUAUUUCUUCAGCUAAUGCGAGCUGAUCUCUCGUAUCCAAGUCACUGCUGUGCUUUCAAGAGCUGGAAAAAAACCAGCGGGAUCCUGGAGUACCUGACGUGUAACCAGACGGGCAGCCACAGCUUCCGUAAGAGAAGAUCGGUCGAAGCUCUCAGAGCUCUGUUUUACAAGGAUUAUGAAGAAGAAUACACGGACCACGCUGAUACCGCCUAUGACAAAAACACCAAGUCCACUGAUUUCCAUGAAAAUUCCCACUAUUACAUUUUUUUGGAAGAGCACGGAGAAGGAAAUCUCGGGUUUGGCCAAGAGCUGAAGAACCCUCAAGUGGAAGACGUCCAGGCCUUUGACAGCCAUUACGACUACCCUGCCUGCGGAGGCAGUGAGGACGUGAUAUGCACUCCAGAGCCUGACGAGUUUAACCCCUGCGAGGAUAUAAUGGGCUAUCAAUUCCUGAGGAUUGUGGUGUGGUUUGUCAACCUGCUGGCCAUCCUAGGGAACAUCUUUGUCCUUUUCAUCCUUCUCACCAGCCAUUACAAACUGACCGUGCCACGCUUUCUGAUGUGUAACUUGGCCUUUGCCGAUUUUUGCAUGGGGUUGUACCUCCUCCUGAUCGCUUCGGUGGAUCUCCACACCAGGUCGGAGUACUAUAACCACGCUAUAGAGUGGCAGACUGGGCCUGGCUGCAACACGGCCGGCUUUUUCACCGUCUUUGCUAGCGAACUUUCUGUCUACACGCUGACGGUGAUCACCCUGGAGCGCUGGUACGCCAUCACUUUUGCCAUGCGGCCGGACCGCAAGAUCCGCCUGCGGCACGCUCUGGGUAUCAUGCUGGGAGGGUGGGUCUCGUGCUUUCUUCUCGCCCUUUUGCCACUGGUUGGCGUCAGCAGCUACAGCAAAGUCAGCAUCUGCUUGCCCAUGGACACCGAGACGCCGGUGGCUGAAGCCUACGUUGUCUUUGUUUUAAUGUGUAACAUCGUCGCUUUUGUCAUCAUUUGCGCCUGCUACGUAAAAAUCUACGUCACCGUGCGGAACCCUCAGUACAAGUCAGGGGACAAAGACACCAAAAUCGCCAAGCGGAUGGCGGUGUUGAUUUUCACUGACUUCCUGUGCAUGGCUCCCAUCUCUUUCCAUGCUCUGUCUGCCAUUGUGAACAAACCACUGAUCACUGUCACGAACUCCAAGAUUUUGCUGGUACUCUUCUACCCGCUCAAUUCUUGCGCCAACCCCUUUCUUUACGCCAUUUUCACCAAAGCUUUCCGAAGAGAUGUGUUCAUCCUGCUAAGCAAGUUUGGCAUAUGCGAGCGUCAGGCUCAAGUCUACAGAGGUCAGACAAUCUCAGCCAAAAACAGCAGCGGCUCCUAUGGGCAGAGACUCAGCCGAGGGAUAGGGCAGAUCCUGACGAGCAUUCAAGAGCCGGCCAACGAUCACCUUCCUGCCAUGACAACGCAGAACCAAAUCCUCAUGGAAGAAUGCAAGCAAACUGAGCUAUAA